AUGGCGGGCAGGCAAACCAGGGGGCUGAUUGAAAACCAGGACGAUCUGUACGCCACCUUCUCGAAGCGGCGAUUGGGGCUUUAUAACAAGGCGAGCGAGCUGAGCACGCUGUGUGGUGUGGACAUUGGUAUAAUUAUCUUCUCCCCUACCGAUAACCCUUUCUCCUUCUUCCAUCCGUCAAUGGAGUCGGUCAUCGACCGAUUCAGGAACCCCAACCAACCCCUCAGCGACUACGCGCGGGUGGUUGAGGCGCACACACGCGCCCGGAUCGAUAACCUGAACCGGCGGCUGGACGAGAUCCAUAAGGAGAAGGACCGCCUCAAGGAGAGGGAGAAGGAGCUCGACGAGAUCGAGGGGUGGUGGGAGGAUACCCCGAUCGAGAGCCUCUCGCCGGAGCAGGUCCAGGAAUGGAAGGCGUGGUUUCGCGCCUUCAAGGCGGGUGAGGGGCCGUCUGGUAGUGGCAGCGGGCAGUUUUCUGUCCCGUACAAUUUUGGUGCUGCUCAAUAUGGGGCGGAGGUUCCGUUGGCGGCGGCGGCGGCGGCUGGAGGAAGUGGCGGUGGUGGCCAGUUUCCUCCGAUGCAGUACAAUUAUUUUCCACCACCGCCGCAACAACCGGAUCAUGAUAAUCAGAAUCAGGAUCCGACAUCUGCUACUGUUGGAGAAUAUUCCAUACAGUAUAAUUAUAUUCCCCGGUGGGGGCAGGAUCCAUCUGCUGGUGGAGGAGCCGGUCCUUCCCACCGUGGGAAUAUUUAG